GAGAAGGUUAGCGAGUGUUAUUCGUCCUGCUGAGCUUAAAAAACUCAACUAUGCGGUUGUUGCUGUGCUCUGUACAUCUGCACUGAUUACUGAUAAUCAAACAGGAAGUCUGUUGGGACACCAGUGCUCGGAAGGAGGGCAGCUUCUGUGUUUUGUACUCAAUGCAACAGAGAAAAGUGUCAAAUUAAUCUCCGCUAUGGGGCAGGAGCGGGGUAAAUACGAUUUCUACAUUGGUCUUGGUCUGGCUAUCAGUUCCAGUCUAUUUAUUGGAGCGAGUUUUAUACUGAAGAAAAAAGGACUGCUGCGACUCGCCAGGAAGGGGUCUAUGCGAGCUGGCCAGGGUGGUCAUGCAUAUCUGAAGGAAUGGCUUUGGUGGGCUGGCUUAUUUUCAAUGGGGGCCGGCGAGGCCGCAAACUUUGCAGCAUAUGCAUUUGCUCCUGCCACAUUAGUCACUCCUCUCGGGGCUCUCAGCGUGCUUGUGAGUGCCGUGCUUUCCUCUUACUUCCUGACGGAGAGGUUAAACCUGCACGGGAAGCUGGGCUGCCUGCUUAGUGUUCUUGGCUCCACCACCAUGGUGAUCCAUGCACCGCAGGAGGAGGAAAUCGACAGUCUGAAAGAUAUGGCCCAGAAACUGGUAGAUCCAGGUUUUGUUGUCUUCGCGACGGUUGUCAUCAUCAUAGCUCUUAUUUUCAUAUUUGUGGUCGGCCCACGUCACGGACAAACCAACAUCCUGGUCUACAUCACUAUCUGCUCAGUCAUCGGUGCCCUGUCCGUAUCAUGUGUGAAGGGUCUGGGCAUCGCCAUUAAAGAGUUGAUAGCAGGUCAGCCUGUGCUAGCGAACCCUCUGGCCUGGCUGCUGCUCCUGAGCUUGGUGGCCUGCGUUAGCACACAGAUUAACUACCUGAACAAAGCCUUGGACAUCUUCAACACCUCUUUGGUCACGCCCAUCUACUACGUCUUCUUCACCACGUCUGUGCUCACGUGCUCCGCCAUCUUGUUCAAAGAGUGGGAGCACAUGGGUUACGACGACAUCAUCGGCACGCUGAGUGGCUUCGUCACUAUCAUAGUGGGGAUCUUCCUGCUGCACGCCUUUAAGGACGUGAACGUCAGUCUGGCCACUCUGGCCGUGUCCAUCAGGAAGGACGAGCGCAACGGCACGGCGGGUAACGGGACCGUGGCGCACAGUCACUACGAGCUCCUUAAUAAUGAGGACGCGGUGGAUAUAGAGGACAGAGAGCUGGGCUCGCCGUUCGAUAACGUCUCCAGAAGAAACGGCACUACGUCAGUGUCUUGAAGCAAGAUGAGCAGUUCGAUUGAGCGACAGCAUUCCGGUCCGUUGUGUGGAGGUUUAGUAUUCUUUUCUUUAAAAUCGAAGCCUAAUCAAGACAAUCAAACGGGCCAAAUUUGACAUGGAAGGACCAAAUGAUUGUACUGAGGUGUUUUGCUUUUUGCCUUACAGCCACGGUGUGGACACACAAGGAUGUAAGGCUUUAUCUCAUUCCUUCUGUAGCACUGUACAUACACUGUUUUUAAAGCUUUUGUUACUUUAUGUACAGCCUGCUGUACAUGCACUGACCUCUUUGUUUCCUUUCUACAACUAAUAAGUGGCUUUCUUUUUAAUAAAGUGAACUAAUGUGGGUAACUAGGCAUAGCUGCGUUGAAAUUUAUGAAACUUAAGAUUUGUUACAUAUUUAUUGAAUUAAAAUCAGAUUACAAUCAUUCAAAUACAAAAGGAAAUGUUUAAAA